AUGUCAUUUGACGAGCUUUAUGAGAGUUGUUUUCGAAACGCAUCGCUUGUUAGGGUCCCGCAGGGAAAACCGACCAAAGACGAUGCGUCAUAUUUGGUGACGCUUGACCAUGUGAUGAAUAGCAGCCAAUAUGUGGUGUUCUUUCUCACCGCUGGUGCUAAAGGAGCUGAUAUGAGCUUGAAACUCGAUAAUAUGAUUCGGAAGAAAAAUGAGAAAGGCGACAAGGACAAGGCCCAAAAAGUGUUUUCGUUGGAGUGGAUGAUGAGCGACAGCGACAGCGACGGCGUCAUGCGGCGAGCUGAUCAAAGUAUGCCGCCGACGGAUGAUGGAUUCACCAGUCGACUACUGCGAGCGUUAGGUUUCGAGUUUCCGCCAUCAUUGAUAGUUGUCGAUACAGCUUCGAGAAGUGUUGUGACAACAGAAGGACGACGAUUACUGGCAGACGAUGUGAAUGGAACGUCAUUUCCAUGGUGGCCACCAGCUGCGCUAGAAGUACUAAAAGGCAACAUUUUACGCCGGGUAAAUGGUAUCGUGGAAACGACAGACUUCUCUAACCAUCAAAACUACUGUUCGUGGACUUUUGUUCGGCGCACAAUGGUGCGCCUUAGGCAGCGGGAUAUGACUCUGCUAGAAUUAUUGGAUGAAUUUAGCUCGACUGGCUCGGAUUUACCGAUUCCUCCGCAAGCGGAUCCAUUACAGCUACUCUACACAGGCGAGGAUCCAAUAUGUGACCAUAUUCUCGAGUCGAUUCUCGGCCUUGGUGAUGUUGAAUUGCCAUUGAUCUGCAUUGUCGAUGGUCUAGCUGGUCAUCUAUGCGUAUGCGAUCGACCGGAUGUGUCGGAGGCAGUUUUGGACGAGUUCGUCGCCGAAUAUCGGGCAGGUAGACUUCAGUGGACUCCACUACCGGCUGCCGACCAGAACGCGACGAAGAGCGUUGGCGGCAUCCCGAGCGCCAUCAUCGAGCAGGCCCUCAUCAGCCAUUCUCCAUCGCAGAAUUCCAUGGGUGGUGGUAAAGAGGAGGUGAAAGCCGUAUAA